AUAGCCUGUCCCAUCUUGCCAAUCACGAAUGUUCGCGCCGCCCCGUCUUAGCCCCGCGGAGAUCCGCUUUGGUAGCACCACAAGAGGCAUUCGUUUGAUGGCAGCACUCACCAUGCACCUACCACCACCCACUACUCAACAGCGCUCGUAUCGGCCUCUCAAAAAUGACUUUUGCCAGCAAGCAUUCCUUGUAGAGACCGAUCUCAACGAAACGCAACUGCGCUCAUACUGAACGUCAGACUCGCACCUGAAGAAUGAAGCAGCGUGCUCAUGCUGAAGUUGCAAGGGUGGAGGAAGUGUGCAAGUACAAGUACCGAGACAGGUGGAGUCAACCAGGCUCCGCUUCGCGCACAAAGCAAGAUAUUCUGCCUCAUUUCCUCCAGCUACUGGACGAUAGCAGACGCAGCAGGCGAGCUCUCGGUCCAUCGAACUCAGCGCUGCACGUGCUGGAAGUCAGCAGCGGAUUUGGCGAGCACAUUUGUCACUUUGCUCAGUCUCAAUUGCCUGAUGCGGCCUCCACAGCAGCGGUCCAUCAGGCAAGCCGGGACACCACCUUUCAACCCACAGAGGCGGACGAGUAUUUGUGUCAAAGCAUCGACAGGCUCGUCGAGCAAUCCCGCACCUCGAACAUCUUCCCAGCUAUCCAGUUGGAAUUGACAAACGCGGCGGAAUGGGCUCAAUUGCGCAGCGCCACGACACAAAGACGAGAGGGCGAGGCUGCUGAGACUGGCAUCGCAUUGUUCGAUAUAGUGCUGUGCUUCAACAUCAUCCAUAUCGCGCCUUGGCAUGUGGCUGAAUGCAUCUUCGCUCAGCUGGGCCAGGAAAUCUCUUCUGACUCCCUGUCGUUCGGCCCGGGAACACAUCAGGAACCGGUGCCCAAGUCAUUCCUCGCGCCCGGCGGACUUCUGGUUCUGUAUGGCGCGUUCAAGGAAAACGGCAAACACACCAGCGAAGGUAAUGCUCAGGUACGUCACGCCUCGUUGGCGUACACGAUCCGUGUAAAAGCACUUGACCGACGCUCUCGUCCCCAUGAUGCCCAGAACGGCAGACUGCCAACGAUUCGCUGCCGCAAGCUGACCCGAGCUUUCUAUCCAAACCUGGCGUGCGCUUAGUUCGAUCGAGUGCUCAAAGGUCGGAAUACAGACUACGGUCUACGAGAUCUUACGCUCGAAGUCGUUCCGCUCGCCUCGUCCAGUGGCUUCGAGCUCAUUCAGACCACCUCCCUUCGUGCAGGCAAC